UUCAUAUUUUUGUAUCUUGAAAUUUUUCGGACCUCGAUCAAGAUGUUGUUUCUCAAAAAUAAAGCUAAAACUCUUGAUAUAGCUGAUUAUACGGUUAUACUGCCGAGUAUAUGCGUGGGCAAUGCAGCGCAGCUAGCCUGCGACCUGUUGAUAGCUUCCAAGAAGCUGCAACGCAUUGGAAGUCUGUUUCAUCCCUGCUUAAUACCGGUCUAUGGUCCAUCAGCGUAUCAACAUGAACCAGAGGAGCGCGUGGCAUCCUGUGAGCUAUACACCAGUGUUGAAGAUAAAUUGCUAGUCAUACAAUUCCGUGCGCCGUUGAUAGCGCGUCAUACAAACGAUUUCCAGAAACAACUGGUAGAGCUAUUGCAGCCUGCACGUCGUGUCAUUAUACUCAGUGGCAGCUUUGGCUUUGAGCGUCGCAUUAUGGAGGAUUCACCAUGGGCUUAUCGCGCAAGCGAUAAUUUCAAAGAAGCACACGCAGCUCAACUGGGCAACGCAUCCUUGGUCAAAUGGAAGGAGCACACAGGAGAACAUAUCUUUGGCGGUGGCAAUGCGUUGCAGCUCUUCAAAGCCUUUGAUCAGCUCAAAGUUCCAGUCAUGCUGCUCUUCCGUUAUCUGCUGGAGGGCGAUAAUUCUACAGAUGCUUCGCUCAUUGUGCGCGAGUUGAAUGAACUGUGCGAGGACUUUUUGCAACUGCGCAAUGGCGGCGAUGGCAAAUUUAAGCUUACGGUGCCCAAGUCGUGGAAUUUGCUAUUUGGCAAUGAGGUUACAGAGUUACUUUUUUAGUUUUAUUUUGGAGCUACAGAAAAGUUUAGUCUUUAGGUGUUGGAAAAUAAAGAUUGCUUGCAGAGUGUUCUGUAAAAUA